AUUCAACACUUGUCAGAUGAGCCUGAUCUGUGUGUCGCCCUAUAGCAGCCAGAACAUCUGUAAUUUUUUAAGAAAAGAUAACAAUCAUGGAUGUCUUUUGUGGAUCUCCUUGUUUUUAGCAUUUCACGUUUUAGAUAACCAUCAUGUUUUUUUAGGGAAAUGGUGAAUUCCAUCAUGAACUACAUAGCUCUCCUUGUGAUUCCAGUCUGUUGUUUCUCUUGGACUUUUGCAAAAUACCAGCACCAUCAUCAAGAGAAGAACAAAGAGCUGAAAUACCUCUUGGAGCCUCCGGUAUAUGCUGAGGUCACUGCUCAUUGUGGACAAACGGUCAUUUUGCCGUGUAUGAUGAAGAUUAAACCAGCGCACUACAAAGUGAAGUGGACUAAGAUUGAACCCCUCAGUCUGGGAGUGCAAAACAUAGUGCUCAUGACAAACGGACAUUCGGAUAAAAAGUACGGCUUACUCGGGCCUCGAGCUUCUCUUCUACGAGCACACAGCCUGGACGUUUCCCUUCGCCUUACAGACCUGGAGCUGGAGGAUGAUGGUAGCUAUCAGUGCGAACUGAUCAAUGGCAUUGAGGAUGAAAAUGUCAUUGUUACUCUGAGAAUUGAAGGGAUUGUAUUUCCCUACCAAAGCCAGCAUGGUCGGUACAGAUUUACUUUCUUGGAGGCUAAAGAUGCUUGUGCUGAGCAGGAUGCAACACUUGCCACAUACAAACAGCUUUAUCGGGCCUGGACUGAAGGGUUGGACUGGUGUAAUGCUGGAUGGCUGAAUGAUGGAACUGUCCAUUACCCAAUCCUGUACCCACGACCGGCUUGUGGGGAAAGUCUCCUGCCAGGCAUCCGGAGUUACGGGCCACGCCACAAGACAAGGGAACAAUUCGAUGCUUUCUGUUUCACAUCUACAACUAAGGGCUUUGUGUUCUACAUUCCAGGCCCUCUGAAUUUUAUGGAGGCAGAACGUGCUUGCAGAAAGGAGGAUGCCAGUCUAGCGAGCGUUGGCCAAGUCUACUCUUCUUGGAAGUUUGAGGCGCUGGACCGUUGUGAUGGAGGCUGGCUGCAGGAUGGCAGUGUACGGUUCCCCAUCAUAAACCCAAGAAAACGCUGUGGCGGGAUUACAGAGCCAGGUGUUCGCAGCUUUGGGUUUCCCAGUAAAAGUUCCCGUCUUUACGGGGCUUACUGCUACAGGUAGUUGGUGCAGGUUAACUUUUGCAUUAGGUUUCGUACAGCAUACUUGCCUUAAAGUCUCUUUGGGCUUAAUGUACUGUCAAAAUUAUGGGCAACACUACAGAUCAACUCUGGUAAUACAUCUCUGGGAUAACAAUGUUCAGCAAAAGGUAUUGUAUUACUGUAGCAACAUAAACAAUAUGUAAACUAAAAAAAAACCUAACAAUUAUUUAAAUGUAUUUUAAGAAAGCAGAUCUGUUUAAAAUCUGUAUUAUGUUAUAGCAAUGGACUAGAUGUGAAUAUCAUACACAAAUCCAACAUUUUCGACAAAGAUAUUUAUUUUAAAAAUGAGCGGAAGGCUACUUUUAAUUGUUAGUUUUUUUUCCAUAACCAUAGAAAAUACAGUAAAUGUUGUUUUGUGUGGGAUCACAUACUGAACAUUUGUAUUUUUAUUUAUUUUCGCAUUGCCAAUGACAAAUAUUGUAAAAUCAUAAGAUGUGAAUAAAAUUAUUAAUGAAAAGUGAAAACAUGAUAUAGAUUUAAAUAUUAAGUAUUAAGCACUAACAGUCAUUUGUGUAUCAUUUAUAAAAUAAAAACACAUGCACGAUUUGAAAACUACAACAAAAGCAUUAAAAAAUAAUUUUGGCAAAACUUUUAUUUUGAAACUUUUUAAAACAAAAAUGACUGGUAACACUUUACAAUAAGGUUAUAUUAGUAAAUGCAUUAACUAACAUGAACAAACAAUGAACAAUAGUUUUCACCUUGUUAAUGUUAGUAAAUGUCAACACAGUUAUUAAUGUUAGUUAAUGGUGCAUUAAUUAAUGUUAAUAGCUACGACGCUUGAUUAGUAAAUACCAAAAUUGACAUAAACAAAGAAUAAUAAAUGCUGUAGAAGCAUUGUUCAUUCAUGUUAGCUAAUGUUAACAUUAACUAAUGUUUAACAAAUACAACCUUAUUUUAAAGUGUUACCAAAUUACUGACCACACUAAUAUUAGUUAGAAUAACUACGGAUGUGUUAAUUCAUAAGCAGUGUUCAAAGAUAAAUAUAAAUUACUUCUGACUAAAUUAUUUAAAAAAUACUUUUUUUCAAAGCACAUUUUAACAUUUAAAUGCAAAUGCUCUGAUUGCUUGAAAUGUAGUUCAUAAGAUGUUUCUCAAGGAUAUAUGCCCUGGUUUCGGCCAUCAAAAAACUAAAAUACUGUAUGAUUUUAUCAGUAAUGCAGGAAACAUGCUUAAGUAGUCGGUCUAAAAUAGUCAUCUGCUACAGACCUGAAAAACUGAGCACCAUGUUGCAGAAUUUCUGCUAUAAAAAAGCUCAAGUCUAGACUCAACUUGGGUGUAGCACCCACAAACAUUUGUAAAUUGCAUAAGUAUCUCCCUGGCUCCGUAAAGCUUCAUAAACACUGUGACACUAACACCCAAAGGUUGGGCUGUUGUGCCAUACCCAACUUGAUUGACAGGCGUUACAUUGGCGUACUCUAUUUGCGAUUCCAAGAAAAUGCACCUCUUUCCUUACGGUGUGGCAUUUUCAUUUACUUAGAAUAGCAAGCAUAAGAAUAUCCCUGCUUAUUAAAACCUAUAAGACCACAGUUUAUAAACAAAUGCUGGGUUACUGUUAUUCUAAGCGUUUUUGAAUACAACUUGAGUCUCGAUUGGCAGAUCAUUUUAAGUGAGGAAAAACAAGAAGAUGCAGGAAAUGUUUAAGGAUGAAUGAGUUAUGACGAUGAUGACUGACACAUCUAGACACUACAGGGUUAUAAUGUAAAACAACAACAGUGAUUCAGACCAGCUGAGGUUAGACAGGAGAUGUUUUAUAGUUUCGUCUCAUAAUUUAUUUUUAAAAAGAGAAAGGAUGUAACAGGAUGACAUAAAACCUGCUGGCUGCUUGGGCACAAGUUUUGCAAGCUUUGUUUGGAUGUUGCUUUUUAUCAAGUGUGCAAAAUGAAGGUUAUAGUAAAACUGCAUCUUAGAAUUACAAAACAUGUAAUUCAGUGUCAUGGUGUACACGCA